CGCGAGCGAGCCGAGCGAGCGAGCCCGCCCGCCCGUUCGUUCGUUCGUCGGCAAUCGGCCACCAGCGGCUCCGUUCGCGCGUCAUCGUCGCACGUCGUCGCGCAUCGUCGCCCGCCGCCCACCCGUCGUGUCACCCCGUGCCGUCCCGUAUACGGCAGUACGGGCGCGCCGACGACGGUCAGAGGACGUUUUACGCUGCGUAUUUACCGCUGCGUCGGCUCUCCUACGACACGCGCGCGUGUCCCGUCAUGCCGGCAGUUCGCGAUAAACAUGUGUCCGCGGACGAAGGAUCGUCGGCCGCGACGAGAGGAUCCGUCGGGGAUCAGUAAUGUCGAGCGCACCGGCGUGAACGUUGCCGCGGAAAGUCCCGCGGCGAGCGAUCGAGCGUCCGCGACGUUUUCGCGCGCAUCACGCCCACGGAGAAGAGCCACCGCCACCACCUCCGACAGAGGACAGUGCUGACGAUCGUCGCCCGCGACGAGCAUCGAGUGUCGCGAGUUUUUUUCGCCAACGAAUUACGCUCGGGAGUUUCGGUUUUGACUGUACAUAAUCGCGCGCGCGAGCCGAGUCGUCGUCGACGAGCGUCGACCGUGCGUCGCACGGGAGCAACGAUGACCCGAGGCUCGAGGCAGUGGUGAUUAUUUUUGCCUUUGCGGCAAAAUAACUCUCGAACGCGACGAAACGCCGCGCGCGUGCCACGGUAAGCAUGUCAAGCGCCACCUGAUCGGCGCAAGUUGCUUUGAAAAUUUUCAAGCUCGCGCCCUCCCUUCCUCCUUCCUUCCCCCUCCCGCCCCACCCACCCAACGCCGUCGAGUCGCACUGGCGUCUCGAUUGCUGACGCAGUUUCGACGGAUCGUUCGGCGAUACGGGAUGGCGCUUCGGCCCGUGUCAGCAAGUUUUUACGGAAAUUCGAACUAAGUGCCGGCUAUCAUCGGCUAUCGUAACCGCGAGCGUGAUUAAUUACGCACUGUUUGUGUGACAAUCGUGUUCAUUGUGCCUCGCGUGACUUUCGCGGAAGGAUUCUCGGACUCGUCGUGAUCAAUUGUCGACUUUCGGUCGAGUUUCGCGCGCGCGUUGAACGGUUAAACGAAUGGAAAAGUGGAAAGUCUGUGAUAGGCGCCGCUCGGAUUAAGCCAAGAGGUGCAGGCUCCAGGUAGCGAGGUUCUGGGAAGCAGUUUCUCGAGAUAACUCUGGUGACCGGAACCAAACGGGCCAGUAUUUAUGCCAGUAUGCCAAUCGAAUGCCGGUAGACGACUAAUAUUCGCCGUCACCGCGCGAUAGCCAAUUAAUAAGUUACUUAGCUAGAUCAAUUAAUAGUUAAUAAAAUAUCGGGUACAUGUCGAUUAUUCGCGACUAAUGACUAAAGACGCGAAUAUAGAUCCGUAUUUUUUUUUGCAUGAUCGCGUAAGCAAUAAAAAUCGCGUCUUGUGAAUAAACACGUCCGCUUAUAUCGCUUAUAUACUUUUCUCGACGACAAUAAUUUUUCGGCGUCCUUUCAUUCGCCGAAAUUUGGGAGAUAGAUAAAAAAAGAACAAGGAGGGAAAAUCCAGUGCGCGCGUAAUCUCGGUAAAGUGAGAUCGACUCUUUUCCCGCGGCUGUGUUGAGUGUGAAGGAAGAAGAAAAAGAAGGGACAGUCUUGCAUCGAAGUGAAGUGGAAACGGAUACCAUCCCGGCGAUCAUCACGGUGGCUGGAAACGCAGACUUACAUCGGGAGCGCCAACCUGCAAUCAAGGUUCAUGGUUUUCAUGGAGGAGAGCGAGCUCUCGAGCAAGCGGUGGGCCAGCGCGCCUCGCCGCCCGGACAGCCCCUGCGUCCUGGGGGCACCGACGUCUAGGGAGGCGGCGGGACCGCCGGUGCAGCUGGAACCAGUGGACCUGUCCGUGAAAACUCCAGUGGUGUUGCAGGUGCCGCGGUACAGUCCGGCAGCGAUAAUUAACGCCGCCGCAAGAAGAGCGCCGUCACCUUCGACGACGCCCACGCCACCGCCUCUACUGCCGCCGCCGCCGUCGCUCUGCGCAUCUACCGCGUCACCAUCCUUGCCAUCGUUGAGCGAAACAGCGUGGGACAGAGAUCGCGAUCGAGAUCGAAGCCGGGAAAGAAACCGGGAGCGGGAGAGGGUGCGAGAGAGGAGCGGCGAGAACGAGAGGGAAUGUCAACAGGAACGAGAGCCCGCGAUCAGGGAGAGAGAGGCGCGAGAUCGGGAAAGGGAGCAGUGCGAUCGCGAUAGGGACAGGCAGAGGGACAGGGAAAGGGAUCGGGACGUAUCGGUCUGCGUGAUGGAGCCACCCGAUUCCGUCUUCCCGAUCUCCCCUUCCGCCGCCCUUCUCGCGUUGCAGAGGAUAAAGGCUUCUUACGCAUUCCAGAAACGUCCGCUUGCGGGGGGUAUCGGAUUAGGUGGUAGAGGAAAUGCCGGCGUUGGCGGAAAUGGCGGCAAUUUAGGUGUCGAUGGUGAUUGCGGCGAUGCGCUCAAGAGACGUAAGGUUCACAGAUGCGAUGUCGCCGGCUGCGACAAGGUUUACACGAAGAGUUCGCAUCUCAAGGCGCACAAGAGGACCCACACUGGCGAGAAGCCAUAUCAGUGUACGUGGGAAGGUUGCACGUGGAAAUUCGCACGAUCGGACGAGCUGACGCGGCACUAUCGCAAGCACACGGGCCAAAAGCCGUUCAAGUGCCAUCUCUGUCAGCGAUCGUUCUCGCGAAGCGACCAUUUGUCGCUUCACAUGAAGAGGCACUGAUGAAAAGGACCGUCCACAGAGUCGUGCGACGCGAGAGAAAGCGCACGUUGAUCGACGAGAAGCGAAGGUGAGAAACGGUCCUUGGCAAUAGGCCAGUGAUCUCGAGUGAUCCUGGACGCGAGCGAGAGACGGACGAUGAUAUUUCUUACAUUUGGGACCUGAAGAGCCGCGUCGCGAGCCGGCCCGUCCCGAAUUUCUCACGAAGACGGACCGGUCGAUCGGACGGGCAGCAACUAGGAAAAGAGAAAAUAGAUUGACGAAGCAAACAAAUCGUUCAUUAGGUUUAACGCUUAAUCGCGAAUUGAAUAAUCGCGAUGCCGAUCAACUUUGAUCAGUUGGUUCUCUUGAUGCUGUCUUUUGCGAAUCUUUCGAUGGAUCUUUCCGAUUGCAGCUACAAUAAAUCGAGCCGAUGUCUGAAUUACGAGCGUUGAACGCAAGAGUAAGGUAAUUGUUUUACAAUUGUCGAGCUUUUAUAAAAAGGCGCGUCACUGAUUUUUUGGAUGCUUCAAGAUUUUAAG